AUGAAAGUUGCAAGUAAGUCUGGACCGAACAUCAUAGAUGAGGAAAUAGGUGAAGUGCAGUUUGAAAUCGUGAUUGACGAUGAUGAGGAUGACGACAUACUUAUACAGGCUGAAGAUGCGUCAUUUGGAGAACAAACGGAAGAAAAGGAGAAAGAAACGGAGAUUGACCUGACAGGCAUUGAUUUUGAUGAAGAGAUGGAAGUUGAGGAAGCUGCCAAUAUAUCAGUAGGUGUGUCUAACACGAUUGGAGACAGCCAUGACUCAGGGGGAUCUGGAUUUGACCUUUCCACUGGAAAUCUGUGGAUUUACCCAACAAACUAUCCAGUGAGGGACUACCAGUAUAACAUAGUUCAGCAGGCAUUAUAUAAAAACACUUUGGUAGUGCUGCCCACAGGUCUUGGGAAAACCUUCAUUGCAGCAGUUUUGAUGUACAAUUUCUUCCGCUGGUUUCCACAAGGCAAGAUUGUCUUCAUGGCUCCUACGAAACCUUUAGUGGCUCAGCAGAUUCUAGCCUGCUACAACAUUAUGGGAAUACCCAAGGAAGACACUGUGGAAAUGACAGGAACAAUGUCACCAACACUUCGUCAGAAAGCCUGGAGGGAAAAGAGAGUGGUGUUUCUCACCCCACAGGUCAUGACCAAUGACUUGAGUAGAGGAUCUGUGACGGCAGAGAGUAUUAAGUGUUUGGUGUUGGAUGAAGCCCACAAGGCACUGGGCAAUCAUGCAUAUUGCCAGGUUGUACGAGAGCUGAUAAAAUUCACACGAGAGUUCAGAGUUCUGGCACUAAGUGCUACGCCGGGAAGUGAUCUGAAGGCUGUGCAGCAGAUGAUGACUAACCUUCUGAUAAGUCAUAUAGAGCUGAGGUCUGAGGAGUCGAUCGACAUCAAAGCAUACACACAUGAGAGGAGGAUUGACAAGAUUGUUAUACCCAUGGGGGAGGAGCUCAGUGGGCUUAGAUUGAUAUAUAUUAGGGUAAUGACAUGUGUUGUACAGAGAUUGAUCAGAAAUGGAGUCUUAUACAACAGGGAGGCAACCAAACUGUCCAAAUUCUUGCUCUUAAAAGCUAGAGAUGAGUUUAGACAGAAUCCUCCACAGAACCUGCAGCAAGCUCACUAUGGGAACAUUGAAGCCGACUUUGCUAUGGCUAUCAGUUUGUACCAUGGCUUCGAACUGUUGCAGCUGCAUGGCCUGCGAUCUCUGUACAACUACUUGACAGGCAUCAUUGUUGGAGAGAAAGGAUACGGCCGCACACGGUCAGAGCUACUGAGAAAUGCAGACUUCAAUGACAUUAUGGAGAACUUGAGACAGAAGUUCACUGGAGCAAGUUCUCAUGGGGUUUCAUCAGAAUCUGGAGAUGGUAAAGUUGUGGUUGGCCAUCCUAAGAUGCAGAGGCUGGAAGAAAUAGUUGUGGACCAUUUCAAAACAUUUGAGAAGAAAGGGGACGCGACCAGAGUGAUGAUAUUCAGCCAGUACCGUGACAGUGUUCAAGAGAUUGCUUCAAUAUUGAACCAGCACCAGCCGUUGAUCAAAGUUAUGCCUUUCAUUGGCCAGUCGUCUGCUGGGAAAACUACAAAGGGCUACACACAGAAAGAGCAACUCAUGGUGAUGCAGCAGUUUAGAGAAGGGGGUUACAAUACACUUGUAUCUACCUGUGUUGGAGAGGAAGGUCUGGAUAUUGGAGAUGUUGAUCUAAUUGUUUGUUUUGAUGCCCACAAGAGCCCCAUCCGCCUGGUACAGCGGAUGGGCAGGACGGGAAGGAAGCGCCAGGGAAGGAUUGUCAUGCUAGUGACUGAAGGAAAGGAAGAACAGAUUUACAACCAAAGUUUGUAUUCGAAGAAAACUAUCCACAAAGCUAUCCUGAAUGCGGCAAAGUCACUGCAUUUCUACCCAGACAAUCCAAGAAUGCUUCCAUCAUCUGUGACACCGCAGUGUCAUAAAAUGCACAUAACACUGGCUGCUGAAAUUAAGAAAACAAAGACUCCGGGUAAGAAUAAGAGAUUACUGAGCAGCAAGAACAAGACAGUACUCAUCAACAAGAACAAGACAAUUUCUGAUGUAUUUAGCAAACAAGUGAAAAGAGUGUUUGAGGAUGAAUGUCUGACAGCAGAAGAGUAUGAUGACAUCAAGAAAGAGUUUUCUGAGCUGCAGUCAGCGGGAAAACAGUUGUCUAAACCCAGAUGUGUCAUGUUGGAAUCUGGUAUACAGACUAACAGUUCUCGCUUGAUUGACUUUUCUGAGUGGAUGCCCUGGCAGAAUCGACUGCAGACAACCCACAUGAUAGGUCACUCUGUGCAAACAGUCAACCUUGUGAAGACAUCUGAGUUUAUGGAACUUCAACGUUGUAUUGGCGAUGACGAAGACCAUUAUGGUUUGGAAAUGAACCGAUGGCUCAAGGAUAACGCCACAGAAUCUCGAAUACAGUAUUCUGAAGGACAAAGCAGCAUGCAUUCUUUCUUGACCAAUACUCAAGAUAAGUCAAACACAUUUAGGAAAGAUAAGCUACACCAAGACGUUACAGAUGCUAUUCUUGUUGAAAGUGACUCCAGCAUGGAUGGAGGACACGAAAGGACCUCAGCAACCGAACAUGUGAAGCCAAAAGUAUCUAAACUGUUCACAGAACUUGGCAGCUCAAAUGACACAUCAAAUUUGCAAAGUUCUAAUGGCAGUAAAAACAAAAGCAAUAGAAGAAGGAAAGCUGGAUCCAAUAAAAUAAAGAGAUUAGGUACUAAAUCAGCAGUUCAGAAGAAAGUUGAACCUGUUAAGAAGAAAAAGCUUUCCGGAAUUUAUCAUGCCAUGACAGCUAAAAUAAGGAAAACAUCAUUUCUGAAACUCUUAGAGACCAGUUCUUGUGACAUCCCAAGCACAAAAGACAGUGAUGAUUUUGAAGUUGACCGCUUCAGAGACAGAAGAAGCUGGCAGGACACAGAUAAUGAGAAAAUAGCUUGCUCAGACAGUAAAGCACACAAAGACAGUGAAGCACAUGAAGACAGUAAAGCACACAAAGACAGUGAAGCACAUGAAGACAGUAAAGCACACGAAGACAGUGAAACACACAAAGACAAUGUUGUAGACAAUAAUAAUGUAACUCUUAAUACUCAUGUUGAAUUGGAUGUUAGUAUGAGUGAUGAUCUAGAAAAAGGGUACCCGAUUCCACAUGCCAUUGAGAAAAAUGGUAAGGUAGAGGUGGAAGAAAUGUCAGAGUUUCCAACAGACAUGAGUUCAGGCUCACAAACUUGCACAGACUCCUUAGCAAGAGUAACAUUCUCUAUCCCAAAGCCUCCACCUGUCUCUGGGGUGAAGGAGAUGUUUCAAAGUUUAAAAUCUGGAAAGGAGUUUAGAGAGUUAGAUCUUGAAGAACUAAUGGAGCAGUGGAAUGAAUUUGGAAGAGAUGUGUGUAGCAUGACAGCAAGCCUGCAAAAUGUGUUUAUGUCAGUAGAGAAAAGGUCAGGGUUACAGUCUGUAACUACAAGCCAUAAUGCACGUAAGCCAGAUUUAUCACUGUGUCCUGGCGGCCAUUUUGAGGCAGUGAGUCCAAAAAUGAAGAAGAAGAAUCAUGUGACUCCUAAAACAAAUGUGGCUAAACUAUUCAUACAAGAAAAACAGUUGGUAGAUAGUACUAUUUCUGACACCUGCAAUUCAGCAGAUAAUAUUGCUGAAGAAAACUUAUCAAAGAGUCCGGUAUUCAAGCAUUUGGUAAACAAAACUGUGCACACUGGUAAAUCUGCACUUGAUAAGCAGUCUCACUUCUCUGAAAAAUGGUUUGCAUCAGAAGACAAGCAGCAGACUGAUUUCUGCAAAGCAGAAGCAAAAACUCCCAGGUUUAAUGAAGUUUUAUUCAAGACUUCUGCACAGGAGACCAAGACUGCCAUCAAAUCUGGAGUAAAGAGUUGGAUGCAAGAAACUGAUGCUGUGCAGCAUGUUUCAUCUUCCAAAGAUGUCAUGAAUACUGACAUUUUCGAGAAAGUCAUAGAUAAGGACAUACCUAAAGAAAUCAUGAAGACUGACAUUUUCAAUAAAGAUAAUUGUGACAUUUUGAUGACAUCUUUAGUGGAUGGAGAAGAAAUAGGCAUGAACUCCUGCAAGAAUACUCCAGUGAGUCCAGUCAGCUUGCAUGAGAGUUUUGUAACAUUCACCCAAGCUAUGGAGUGUCUUCAGACCAGUUCUGAGGAGAAUCUCUCUACUCCACCACCAUGCAAAAGUUCUACCAGAAGCAUGGUUUUCUCAGAGCAGCCCAAUUUUCAUAAAAAUAUACUUUCAUCUGGCAAUACAAAGUCCAAAAUAGAAUCUGCUGACAGUGGCCAUCACAAUUUGAGAACCUGUGAUCAGUAUAAUGAACAUGCACCUCAGAAGUUUGUUGAUACAGCUGUACCUUGUACCACUUCAUUUUCUAUAAAUAGUUCAACAGGGUUUUCAGUAAAUGCCACUGAAGCUUCAGUACAGGAUUCUCUUGUCCGGAAUCUUCAGUCUGAUAAUGAUUCUGAAAGGAUUGGGCUGAAGUCAAAGAAUCAGUCAUCCAGUCACUUGACUGAGACUCCUGUAGGUGGAUGCAGCAGCAACAGUAAGCCUGACCUUCCACAGUUUGACUUAGGCUUUGACUUUGAUGAUGAUGAUGAUAUUAUCCCACCAACCCCAACCAAAUAUCUAUCUCAGGAUUCUGUAUUUGGCCUCAAAACUUUUACCAUUGAUAAGCCUUUAUUACAAGAAAGUAGAAUGCUUUCAUCAAGUGACACUGAUCAAGCUGCAGGUUCAGUUAGAAGACUCACUAGGGAUCUACCAGUUGCCAGUCCACCUGCUUCAGCAUUGUCUAAUGGCACAGGUGAUUUUGAGCCUUUUUUGAGUACUUUUGACUUACAGCUGUCAUCUGAUGAUAGUCAGGAGCUACCUAGAAAAAUAUUUACAAAAGACACUACAUCCAAUCCUGAAGCAGAUAUAGGUAAGGAGCAGAGAGUACAGCAUUCAAGUAAUCAAUGGGAACCGGGCAGUGACGGAUUUCAUCAGAAUAAUAUGAUGAUUUCAUCUGAAGAUGAAGGAAGCUUUCAUAUUCUACCUUUGGUUGCAGAGAGAGAAGAUAAUAAAGUCACUUCAUUGAAGUUAAGUUUGCCCUUUCCACCAAAGAAAAAGAAACUUCCACUAGAUGAGCUUGGCAGUGCGUAUGAAACAGAACAGAUGACUGUUGUAGGUGAUUUUACUAGUUCUUCUGAAGACAGGCCAUAUUCUGACAAAACACGUCCAAGGAAUUCUACAAUGUCGAAAGCAAGGCUGUUUAGACUGGGCAAAAGACAUAUUCAAGAGGCUGUUUGUGCUAAUACUGUUGUCAGUGGUAAUAAAGAAGAAGAAUUACAAAAGCCUGAAAAUCUGGAGACUACCCUACAAGCACCUUAUAAUUUAAAUAACUUCGAUGAAAUAGAUGACUAUAAUGAAGACAUUUUUAAGAACUCUGAUUUUGAUCAGAUGGAGACAGUAGCAGUAUCACGGUCCAACAAUCCAAUCAGUCCUGCACCUGCCUGCCAGACACCAGAAACAACUGCUGUUUUGUCUCAUGUCCAGGAAAGCCCUGAAGUCCAUGAGAAGUCUGCUCAUCAGUUGUUUGUUACAGCCAGCACACCUAUACGGGAUACAGCUAAAUGUCCUGCUAUACAUUCUGCUAUUGAUGAUACCAAAGAAAUAAAUAUGUUUGAACUGACACCAAUUAGAGCCAAGAUUGAUGAAAGUAAACUUGACUCUGAUGCGGGCUUUGUUUUUCGGAGGAAAAAGCAUAUUAAGGCUCUAGAUAUUUCAUCAGACGGAGUCAAACCCUACCAGAGAAUGAAGGGUUGUCAGAGUAUGAAGAAGACAGCUUCUGUGUGGGCAGUGACGAGGAAGGUAAGUAUGUUGGAUAUCAGCCUGUCGAAUUUAAAUUCUAUGAAGCCGCCUUCACUGUUGACCAGAGAAGAACGUCUUCGCAGGCAGAAAGAAAAGCAAGAGAU